AUGGCGACAUACGGAGAUCCACCACCAUCAGUGCCCCCGCUUCCUUCAGCGACGAAACGCUCAAAGAAGAGUCCUCAAGAAAACUUGUCCGACUUCUGGGACAAGUUCCACUCGAAGUACCCGGGCAAGGUGACAUCUAUCUUCCCUCGUACCCUCUACUCUUCUCUCCUCCCUGCUUUUGAGGAGAAGGGAGCAUCAUCCACUCGCAACGCGCAAGAAUCCUAUGAUGCGGCUGCUCGCGAAUGCCGAGAGAAGGUCAAGCGAAUUAUCCGGGAAUGUGAGAGGACGAAUGAAAAGUUUACCGACCCCGACUUCGACAUCGAACGUGACCCUAAUAAGAACUGUCUUAACGGACUUAUCCGCGACGGGGACCAGGGGACUGGCGGAAGUGGCGGCGGCGCGGGAGAUGUUCCAUAUGUGAGCAGCUGGGAUGUGAAGAACAGCCUCGACACUCUCAACGCCGCGCAAAUCCUGGGUCCUAGCUCCACUAUCCCCAUCGACCCCACGGCGGUGAGCCGCUUUCUUGGGGGCGACAGUGACAUCUGGAACCCCUUUGCCAAUGCAGCCGCCGGCAAGAGAGCUAAGUCUGGAUCUGGCAAAGUCUCGAAGCGUCAUGGCGUCCGCGGAGGCGAGUACUACAACCCGGGCUCAAUCCAUCGCGUUGACUGUAUCUUCGACUCGCCGCAGUUCACGAUGAACGGCUACUCGUCUUCCGACAUCAAGCAAGGCUCUAAUGGUGACUGUUGGUGGCUCGCAGCAGUCGCUACCAUUGCGCAUCGCAAAGAUCUCAUGGAGAAAGUCUGCGUUGCUCGCGACGAAGAGUGUGGUGUUUAUGGCUUUGUCUUCCAGCGCGACGGCGAGUGGAUUUCGACAGUCAUUGACGAUAAUCUCUACCUCAACGAGUCGGACUUUGACUACUAUGGAGAUGUCUAUGAUGCCAGUGGCAAGAAAGCUCGCCUGCAUAGGAAAAGGUUACAGACAGGAUCCGAUGCACUCUACUUUGCCCGCUGCGAAGAUCAGAAUGAGACGUGGUUGCCGCUUCUCGAAAAGGCAUAUGCCAAGGUUCACGGUGACUAUGAGGCCAUUUCGGGUGGCUGGCCCGGCGAAGGAGUUGAGGAUAUGACAGGUGGCGUAACCUCAACUAUCGCUACUAACCGCGUGUUGAGGAAGGAUAAGUUGUGGAAGGAGCUUGUCAACUCGGACGGCGAAUUUGUCUUCGCCCUAGCUGCUAUGGGCACUGGGUGGGACUGGCAGAAGAGUGGCCUCGCUCUGGGACACGCAUACUCUAUCCUCCAGUCACGAGAAGAGGUUGACGAGGAUGGAAAGAAGGUCCGCCUCGUUCAGAUCAGGAACCCCUGGGGUCAACGAUCUGAUGGUGGUGUCGGCGAAUGGAACGGGCCAUGGUCUGACGGCUCCAAGGAAUGGACACCAUACUGGCUUAAGCGCAUGAAUCACACCUUUGGCGAUGAUGGCGUCUUUUGGAUGUCGUACCAGGAUAUGCUUUCGACCUUCAUGUACAUCCAUCGCACACGCCUGUUCGAUGACAAGUGGACCGUCGUGCAACAGUGGACAUCGGCCAACAUAUCUUGGGUCACAGGUUUUCUCCAAACCAAGUUCGUCGUUGAGGUCAAGAAGUCGGGUAUGGUUGUUAUCGUCCUGACGCAGCUCGACGACCGCUACUUCCACGGGUUUGAGGGACAGUACUGGUUCGAGCUGCACUUCGUCCUUCAGCAAGCUGCUUCUGCGACCUCCACGGCCGGCGACGAAUCGAAGGAUGGAGAGAAGAAAAAGACAGAUGUCCCUGAACCAGAGCAGAUCUGCCGCGUCCGCCCUGUCCACAAAUGGGAGAACCGUUCAGUAACCUGCGAGGUCGACUUGGAGCCAGGGAUCUACGAGGUUCUGCCCAAGAUCACAGCCGUUCGCAACAGCGAAGGUGACGUCAGCACAAUCAAGCCUGUCGAGGAAGUGGUCAAGGAGUACGCUGAACGCAACCCGCAAAAACUGCGACAAGUCGGCCUGCAGUACGAUAUCGCCCACGCCAAGGGUGGUGUCCGGAACGAGGACGAGCUCGUGGAGAAGAAGAAGCUUGAAUCAAAGCAGAAGAAGGAGAGCAAGAAGGCGAAGAAGAGAAGAAAGCAGAAGAAGGCUCUUGGAAUUGUGGCCAAGACGCUUGAAGAUUCGGCUAAAGUCGUGUCUGACCUCGCCAAUGAGGGCAAGAAGACUGAUGAAAAGAAGGACAGCAAAGAUGGUGCCGAAAAGGAAGGGAAGAAGGCGGAAGACAAUGAUCAAAAGAAGGAAGGUGAUUCGAUUGCGAUCAAGAUCUCGGUGAAUGAGGGAACCAAGCCCACUGAGGCAGAGAAGCCAUCAGGCUUAUCUGGGUCAAAGCCUGGCGAUGGGCCCACCCCGGAGCCAAAGAAGGACGAGGAGAAGAAGACUGACGAGAAGGCUGCCGAGGAGAAAACUUCUGAGAAAGAAACCGGCAACGAUAAGAGCGACAAGAAGUCCGAAGAGUCAAAGCCGGCUGAGGAGACCGUCGUCACUGAACCCAAGUCUGAAGAUGUCUCUGAGGAGGCCCCUGCUGAGGCUGCUGAGGAAGAAGAAGCUUCUGAUUCAGACUCCGAUACUGAGUCAGUUGUCUUGGAUGACGACGAGGAGUUGCCCGGGUCUCCAUGGAAUGCUGUGUGCGUCGUGGGCUUGCGUGUGUAUGCUCGGGACCCUGAGGUAUCCAUUAAGCUCGUCAAGCCGAGUGAUGCAGAGGAGGCCUCGAGCUUGAUUAUUGAUGGUGAGGCUGCUGGUGCCACUGCCUGA